UUGUCAUCUCAUUUCGGCUUUCGUCAGAAAACAUGUCGAAAAUGAUGAUGAAGAAGAAGGCCGGCAAUCUGCGAGCGCAGGAGGAGCUCUUCCAGCAGAUGCAGGCGCUGAGCUCGAGCAACGACGAAGCCGAUGUGGACUUUUUCUCUGCAGCCCCGGCAGCCCCGCAGAUGCAGAUGCAGAUGCAGAUGCCGGUCCAGCAGCAGCGGAACGCCGUUCGACGGAUGAACAGCAUUACGAUGAACAACUUGGCUGGACCGGUCGCGACGCCAAGCGCCCUCCUCCCGUUCGGACAUGCACAGCCGCAGGACGCCAAUGGCAGCGUUGCGGUGCAGCAGUCGCACCAGGCGGCGCUCAGCAGCAUUCUCGACGAGACGCAGCUGACGCUCGCUGACGGCAAGACGGACAAGGGCCUCGCCACCGUCCCCAUCAGCGCCAUCAUGCGACUGAUGGAUGCAGCCGCAGCACAGCAGAAGGAAACGCCGCCCAAGAGAAACACAAUCCUCUCCGUCGAGAUGGAGGGCCAAACGACCAACAGCCACCAUGCCAGGUUUGUCUGCAAGUUUAAAAUCAUGGUAUUCGCAGAGGACUACACGGCCACGAAAAUCUUGUCGCAAUCGGUCGCACUCGAGUCGGCCACUAUUCUGCGCGAGGACUUGGACGCGGGGUUGGAUGAGAACGGCCAGCCCAUUGAACGCAGUCAACCAACGGCGGACGACGCUGCACAGGCCAGCCGCGAGCUGGACGCCGCGCAACAGCCGUGCGUGCUGCUGCUCGACGCCCACCAUGCUCUGGCCUCCUUCCGUUCCGGCGUGUAUACCGUCACGGUGGUGGCGCUCGCGCCUUUUGCCACUGCGCGAGAGACCGGCUUGCGCCUGCAAGUGCCGCCCGCGUCGCGGCGAGAGCUGCGGUUUACGGUGGUGGCGCAAAGCCCGCUCGAGUUGGAGGCUGCCAUCGCGGUGCACCCGUGCCUGCGCUACGAAAACAUUGAGCCACCGGCCGACGUUCGCGGCACCACGAUGAAGUUCUCCAUUCCACCAACGUCCUCGUGGCUCAAUGUGCAGUGGCUCCGGCAGUUUGACGACGACCCGAGCGCCACCACGACCACCACGCCCAAGGCCGCUGCCCCGGCUCCGGUUGCACAGGCGCUUCCACUGCAUGCGACGGUUGACCAGCAGCAUUUGGUGGCUGUCGGGGAGAGCCUGGUGCUCGUCACUUCACAGCUCGAGUACACCAUUCUGAACGGCUCCAUGGCGGUGUUUGAGCUGUGCCUGGAUGCUGAUUUGCGCAUCGUGAAUGUCGACACGGCAUCCAACGGCGUGCUUCGCAAGUGGGACACCACCACGGUCCACCCUGACGACCCCAGUUAUUCCGAGUUUGAUGUUGCGGCGGGAGACGCUGCCGAGCCGUCCACCGCCGUCGCCAAGGGCAAGAAGCGUGGGCUGCCUCGGCAAAUUCUCAAGGUGUUGCUCGAGUAUGGUGUGGAGGACAAGUUUGAACUUCGUGUGACCGCUGAAAAGCAACUGCCGGCAACGUCCUGCAAGUUUGUCGUGCCGACAUUCCGCCAUGUUCGGGGCCCGGUUUCACGCGAGAAGGGCACUUUGGCCGUCGAGGCCACAACGAGCGUCGAGGUUGAGCAGGUGCCAGGAGGCGCCGUCGGUGUCGGCUUGCUCGAUGUUGCCGAGCUCCCUGCGUCAUUGAAGACACGCGCUGCCAAUCCAAUCCUGCUUGCAUACAAGUUCCUGACACCGACCUACGAGAUUGAGCUCGAUGUCAAAAAGCACGCGGACGUGGAUGUCUUGAUGGCUUCCAUCGAUUCCGCGCAGUUUGAUGCCACAGUCACGGAUGAAGGCAAAACCAUGUACCGUCUGGCGUUUGAGAUUCGCAACACUCAAAAGCAGUACCUUCGCAUCACUUUGCCUGCUGACGGUGAGGUCUGGUCCACCACUGUUGGCGACAAGGCAGUCAAGCCUGCACGAGACAAUCUGACGGGCGAACUUUUGAUUCCCCUCCAAAAGCUCGGCGGUCCAGAGGACGAGCCGUCGCGUGGCGCCCUGGAUGUGUCUGGCGCAACCUCCGAUCCCGCUGGAUACACGAGCUUCUCUGUGGAGUUUAUGUACGUGCGGCAUCCAAGGGCAGGAGAUUCCGCCGCGAUGCCGGAUCCCAAGCAGGGGAAGGCAGGCGAGUCGGGGCUGGCAGCUCCGUCCUCCACCUUGUCCAUGACUCGUCGUGGUCUGGGAGCACAGCCAUCGGCUCCUGUCCCUGCGCUCUCGCCCAUGCAGCGCGCCGGUGAGCUUGUUCUGCAGUUCCCGCCAGUCGAUGUUCCAAUCAACAUUUUGCAAGUCUCCUGCUGGUUGCCUCAAGACUAUGUUUAUGGAGAAUUUGAGGGAGACAUCAAAGAAGUUCACCGAUUCAGCCGCGUGAGCAAGAUUUCACAGCCCAGGUCCAAGCCCAGCAGGGCCAAGAAGGACUCCAAGAUGGAUUACCAAAUGGACAAAAUGAAGAAGGGCGGCGGCUUGGGAAGCCUCAGUUUCGGCGGGAAGAGAAAAGGCAUUGUUCCCGUCAAGGUGGAUAUGGUCAAGAGCGGCACCGAGUUCAAGUUUGAAAAGCUCCUGGUGGUCCAUCAACCGAUUCGACUCGCAGUAGAGUAUCUCAAGCAGUCCAAGAAGGGCCGGCGCGAGCUCGACGCCAAAUGCGUGAUUUCCUAAGACUUUUGAGGUUGUGUUUGCCAUGCUGUCGUGUUGUUUUCAUUUUGAUUGUUUUAGCGUUUUUGCUGCUUGUUGCUUGUCAGUGUUGUGCCUCAUGUGUGUAUGCGUGUAUGUGUGCGUUUUGACUUUUGCAAUGUAAAUCCCGCUCAGAUUCAGUCGUCCUUGAGAUCAGCGAUGUUGCAAUGAGCCAAUUCUCUUCCCUCC